AGGCGCGCCUCGUUCAGACCCCACAAUUCCUGCCGCUUCCGCCGGUUACGGCGAGCGUUCCUCCGCCCGCUGGAGUCUGCGCUGGCGUUCGGCUCCCGUUGCCUGGUGACAUGUUGCAAAAGCCGAGGAGUCGGGGUCGCUUUAGUUCCCAAGCGGAAAAAGACAGAGAUUCGGGCCGCGGCGGAGACUUCCGGGCCCAGAGGGGCGGCGUCUCGGAGGAGACCCCGAGCACGUCCCGCGGCCCGGCGGGCUCUCAGGAGUCCCAAGGCACUUCCUCGCAGGGCGCACGCCGGUCCCAGGCCGCCCCCUCUGUGGGGCCUCGGACCCAGAAGCAACUGGAGCUGAAGGUGGCGGAGCUGGUCCAGUUCUUGCUGAUUAAGGACCAGAAGAAGAUUCCAAUCAAGCGGACCGACAUACUGAAGCAUGUCAUCGGAGACUACAAGGACAUCUUCCCGGACCUCCUCAAACUGGCUGCCGAGCGCCUCCAAUACGUCUUCGGGUACAAGCUAGUGGAACUUGAACCGAAAAGUAACACCUACAUCCUGAUCAACACCCUGGAACCCGUGGAGGAGGAUGCCGAGGUGAGAGGCGAUCAGGGCACUCCCACCACAGGUCUACUGAUGAUUGUUUUAGGGCUCAUCUUUAUGAAGGGCAACACUAUCAAGGAAACCGAAGUCUGGGACUUUCUGCGUCGGUUGGGGGUGUACCCCACCAAGAAGCAUUUAAUCUUUGGGGAUCCAAAGAAACUCAUUACAGAGGACUUUGUGCGACAGCGUUACCUGGAGUACCGCCGGAUACCCCACACUGAUCCCGUAGACUACGAAUUCCAGUGGGGCCCACGAACCAACCUGGAAACCAGCAAGAUGAAAGUUCUUAAGUUUGUGGCCAAAGUCCAUAAUCAAGACCCCAAGGACUGGCCAGCGCAGUACUGUGAGGCCUUGGCAGAUGAGGAGAAUAGGGCCAGACCUGAGCCUAGUGGUCCAACCCCAUCCUCUUGAAAUCAGGGAUGGAUUCAGAGGGACUCCUGGGACAAGGGUUUGUCACUCAAAGGCACAAUGCUGAAAGAAUAAGGGAAGGGGAUUUGGAAGGAGGAUUUUCUGCAACGCUUGAAUGUUUGUAGCUUUAGGAUGUGUUGCAAAGGUUUGUUCUUUUAAGUGUCGGCAUGGUUCCCAAUUUUCAUUUAAAACAGGAGCAUUUUUGUUUAUUUUAAUGUCAUUCUUUUGGUGUGAAAAGUUUGCUAACUUUAUAAAACUAUUGGGAAACUAUGUUUUGAAACAGAUACUUAAGAAGAAAGAACACAAGUAAAUUGUUUGGAUGAAAAAAAAAAAAAGUAAUUAUUACCUGGUCUCUGAACUAUC